UGAGGUUGGUACUCCCGGUACUCCGUCCUGGCCUGGCCGCCGCGAAGGUCCUCGACUGAUUGCGCCGGAUCGGGCCGGAUCGCUAUCCAGCCGGGGCCCUGGCCGAGAUAUGUCUGGGGCGCCACCACCAGUACGACGACAUGGACCCAACGGACUCCACGACGGCGGCCUCUGGCACGGUUCCCCCGACGCCGUCGCCGCACCCCAGCUCGGCGUUCACGGCGUCUUCGACGGGGAGCUCCAGCACGCCGUGGGACCCCCCCAUCCUGCCCCUGCAAGAGCGGGCCGACCACACCGCGUGGUACUGGGCGCUGGGGGGCGGCGGCCUGUGCCUGGCCCUGCUGUUCGUCCUGGCCGUGCUCUACCGACGAGGACUCAUAUUCCAAGGGUCGGCCUGGAAGCGGCGGCCCAGCCACGCCCAGCCCUGGAAGCACUGGGGGGACGCUCGCUCCAGGCUGCCGUCGCUGUUCGACCUGCUGCACGUGCCGCAGCACAGGAAGUCCACCGUCAACGCCCCCGUCUCGCUGCCGGCCGCGGAGGCGGCCUACUCCACGUCCACGCCGAUGCAGCACGCCGACGCCGCCACGGUCCGCGUGCAGUUGCACGUCCCAGCCCGGAGCUACUCCAGCGUCGUUGUGCAUCUGAGGGACAGUGAGGAGCCACCGGGGCCACCCAGCCACUAUCCAGGGAAGCCCCUGGGAGCCAUCAACGAAUGAACGCAUCGAUCGACCGAGGAGCGCAUGAAUGACUGAACGGAUGACGACAGACUGAAUGACUGAAUGAAUAUUGAUGGAUUAUGAAUCAAUGAAUGAAUGGCUAAAUUCGUGGAUGAUUCGUUGGAGUGAUGUGCACAAACUGUAAUCUCAUUAUUUAGUCUCUCACGGAAUUGCUUGCCUGUAAUAUUAACUAUAAUUUUAUAUUGAAUAAAACACUAAAACUUUAACAAAUUUUACUGUUUGGUCGUGGCAUGCUACUUUUUGUUGCGGUGUCUCACGGCCGAGUGCCGAGUGGGGCGACGACAUGUGACAUCAUGCGCCCGACAGGUCGGCCACCCAACGUACUCACAAGGCCGGUUGGCCGGUAGACACGAGGCACUCGCAGUGUCUAUCAAUAAAUCUAACGCCUUCGGAA